CGGCCGGCGCACGCGCACCCACCGGGGCCCAUCCCACCAGCGCCGGGUCCCGGCCCCGCGCGCAGCCCGUCUACACUGCACGGCGGCGCAGGCGCGCCGGGGGCCUCCGCCAUGGCGACCGUGCUGUCCAGGGCGCUCAAGCUGCCGGGGAAGAAGAGCCCGGACCUCGGGGAGUACGACCCUCUGACGCAGGCCGACAGUGAUGAGAGCGAGGAUGACCUGGUGCUGAACGUGCCUCAGAAGAACGGGGGGCUCAAGAACGGGAAGAGCCCGCUGGGAGAUGCCCCCGAGCCCGACUCGGACGCCGAGGCCGCGGGCCCCGCCAAGCCCCACCCCGCCGAGCCCCCCCCAGAGGGCUUCCCCGCCGAGAACCUGGGCGAGCUGGAGCAGAAGGCUGCCUCGUCCUUCGUGGCCUAUGUGCGCACGUCCGUCUUCCUGCUGACCGUGCUGGUGUCCAUGGUCCUGGUGCUGGUCUGCGCCUUCCUCAUCCCCUGCCCGCCCCGGGACCUGCACAGCACCUGGAGUCGCCGGCUGGGUGCCCAGCGGGGAGGGGACCUGUCUCCGCUGGAACUGGCCGACGUGAACGGGGAUGGCCUGAGAGACGUGCUUCUCUCUUUCGUCACGGCCAGGAACGGCAGCGCUGGCGUGCCCCUAGGCAUCCCGAGGCCCCCCGCGGUGCUCGUGUGCCUGUCGGGGGUGAACGGCAGCACCCUGUGGUCCAGUCUCCUGCCGGAGGAGGCCCGCGACAUCACGUGCUCGGACCCGGGGCCGGGAAGCUCGACUGCAGCCACCUGCCUGGUGACCGGGACGCACAAGCUGCUCAGUGUGUUCAACGCGACGUCAGGGAAACCCAUCUGGACCUUAAACCCCAAACACUUGGCCAACGGCACGCUGGCGGCGCCGGCUGCGGUGUUGCCGGACGUGGAUGAAGAUGGUGUCCGAGACCUGCUGCUUGUGGCCACUGGGGACUCGCAGCCGGAUCUCUGCUUUCUGCUGGUGUCCGGCCGCACCGGGACUCCCGUGGGCCGCCCCGUGAACUACAACAUCAUGGGCGUGGGCAACCUGAUCGGCCCUCAGGUCUACAUCACCGGCAAUGGGGCCGUCUAUGUCCUGUUUGGCUUCGGAAGUAUCCAAGCUGUCGCCCUGCGGGACAUUUUUGUUCAGGCCCAGAAUCGGGACAGCGCGCCGGCCUCGCUGCUGGUGGAGGAGCCAGAGUGGGAGAAGAAGCGGAGAUCCGUCAACCUGUCUGAUCUCAUUGAUGUCUGCAGUGACGGCGUGGAGCUGCUGCAGAUGGUGAAGGCCCCGGAUUCCAACGGCAGCGACCUGCUCAUCACCACCAGACAGGGCCUCACCCUGCUGCACGGGCAGAACCUCACGCCCCACUGGACGCUGCAACUCCAAGGCCUGUUCAGCCAGCCCACACCCGGGUAUUUCACCGAUGACCAGACGCUGGACUUCCUUCUGCAGGUCCAGGAUGGACCGGGGAUGAAAAAGAUGCUGGUGGUGGAUGGGGACUCGGGCUCCGAGGUGUGGAACGCCAGCGUCCCGUGCCACCUGAGGGAGUGCCCCACCACGUCGGCCGUCACGUCAGACCGGAAGUCCGUCUUCCUCUUCUGGGCGCAGGCGCUCCCGGCUGCGGGCACCCCCCCAACGGCCGAGCCACCCGGCCUUUACCACCUCUACCUCCUGCACCCCACGUUCCCCUCGAUCCUCCUGGAUCUGGCCAACGCCACAGGCACCGUGACAGCGUCGAAGGUCGGCAUUAACGACCUCUGGAAAGAUGCCUUUUAUGUCACCAGGAGCACGGGGCCCAACGCCGAAGCCCGCCCGGCGGCCCUGCUGGUCAGCAAACUCAGCCUGCGGUGGGCGCUGAUGGAGGCCCAGGCGGUGGCCUUGCGGGAGGCCGGGUCCAGGGUGGGCCGGGGCGAGCUGCGGCGGUUCCUGUCCAGGAUCAAGUUCGUGGACUCUCCCUACCAGGUCUAAUCCGGUGACAAGACAGAGCUGCGGUAUCUCCUGCUGUCGUGCAGUCUGCCCCGAGGCACGCCAGCAAUGGUGGCAGCUGGGGCCUCGCUUCUUCCUCUGCGUGACCCCGAGCGUUCCCGGGUGGACAGCACCUUCCCCCCAACCCCUGCGCCCACCCC